AUGGCUACUUGGGUCGGGAUUAUGUGGUACAUUAAUUGCAGUUUCUCUUAUAGCGAUUUACUGGAAUUUUCGAACUGCUUACAGGAGAAAUCGCAGGAAGAAAAUUAUUUCAGGACAGAACUGGAAGAUGUUUUGAAGAAACAUUUAACGAAUUAUUCAGUGUGUCUGGAUGAACAAUUUUCCUUAAUAUCAAAGGCCUUAGAAAAAUUCCUAAAAAAAAAAGAAAUGAAGUAUACCGUUUCAGAUGAAGUCGAUGAAGGCCAACUUCCUAUAGCUUAUUCUAUGAUUAUCAUAUUCCUCACAAAGAAAUUAGUGGAAACGGUCGAAGAAUACAGGGAAAAUAGUAGAAUCAAUUAUGAUAAUGACGAUGAGAAAGCUAUGAUCAUCUUCUUUUGGAUUACUGUCUUGGAAAGAUUAAGAAAACAUAAAAAUAGUAUUGAUAUUAUCCUUAUCAAAGAUAGUAAACUAGAUAGUAGUAUUAUGGUGCAGAAUGGAAAUAAAAUUCUUGGCUUAGAUGAUCUCCCAAUCUAUGAUAUUCAAAGCAAGAAGGACCAAAACCAAAUUCUAAAUUGUCUCACACAUACGACUCGAGGAGAUAAAAAUUGGAAAAUUUCAAGUGCUGUUUAA